AGCAACAUAAUAUAAUAUUGUAAAGGGACUUCCUCAGGAUUGUAGACCUUCCUCUCUAUGGGUCCUAUGUCAUAUUACUAUACUAUUGAUCUACUGGACUAAUAAAGCUUGAUAGCUCAUUGAAGAGUGAUUCUCCACAGAGGCAGCUGGGGAUGAGUCAGCAGAAGGUCCAGCAGAGAUUCCAGGAGAGAGAGAAGGAGCUGAAGGAGCUCCAACAGGCUGUGGAGUCUUUCAAGCUCUCUGCACAGUCAGCAGUGGAGGACAGUGAUCAGAUCUUUACUGAGCUGAUCCGCUCCAUUGAGAGAAGGAGCUCUGAGGUGAAGGAGCUGAUCAGAGCCCAAGAGAAGGCUCAAGUGAGUCAAGCUGAAGGACUCCUGGAGCAACUGAAGCAGGAGAUAGCUGAGCUGAGGAAGAGAAGCACUGAGCUGGAGCAGCUCUCACACACAGAGGAUCAUAUCCAUUUCCUCCAGAGUUAUCAGUCUCUCUCCAGUAUCAGUGUAUCUUCAGACUUACCCAGCAUCGUUGUCCGUCCUCUUCAGUACUUUGGAGAUGUGAGUAAGACUGUGUCUGAACUGAGAGAGAAACUAGAAGACUUCCUUAAAGGAGAAUGGACCAAGAUCUCCUCUACAGUGAAUAUAGUGGAUGUUGUACUGCCUCCAGAGCCCAAGACCAGAGAACAGUUGUUACAAUAUUCCUGUCAGCUCACACUGGACCCAAACACAGCACACACACGCCUCUCUCUGUCUAAAGGGAACAGAAAGGUGACCAAUACAGACCAAGUCCAACCAUAUCCUGACCAUCCAGACAGAUUCACCAACUACUGUCAGGUUCUGUGUAGAGAGGGUCUGUCUGGACGCUGUUACUGGGAGGUGGAGUGGACUGGUGUUGUUAUUACAGCAGUCUCAUAUAAAGAUAUCAGCAGAACAGAGAGAGUAUCAUUGAUCAGCUUGUUGGCUCGGUCCUAAUUGAUGUGUUCUCUGUCACCUGGAGCUGCAUGGAAAAUGGUCCAGGAACUAAAGGACAA